UCAAGAUGGCGGACAAUAGCUCGCAGAACAUAGAUGAUCAGCUUGAGAAAGAACAUUUCCUCCGUGUUUGUAAUGCCUUCAAGUUUUACAGAACUCACUCCCACAGACGGAUCAAUGACUCGGAGAUCUCCUACAGAGCUUUAUCCAAAAAACACAAGGAACUGGUGCCAGACUUUCUUGAAAAUCUUGAGAACAUCCGGACCUGUGUGGACCAUAACUAUGAAAUCAUCAAACUUAUAUUACAUGAUGCAGAAUACAUGUUUGAAAAUCAAACACAGGAUACCAUAGAAAAUUCAGAAGAAGAUGUUAAACAGACGUUUCCCACAUCCGCUGACAUGGACAAAGUGAGAACAACCCUUAAACAGUUUGUGCGAGAUUGGAGUAGCCAGGGUCAACAGGAGAGGGAUGCCUGCUACAGGCCUGUUAUAGAGGAGAUCGUAGGCAGGUUUCCACCUCAGUUAUGUAAGCGGUCAGAUGUAAAAGUGCUGAUCCCUGGAGCUGGACUGGGGAGGCUUGCACUGGAGUUAGCCAAGCUAGGCUUCACCUGUCAGGGAAACGAAUGGAGCCUGUUCAUGUUACUAGCCUCAAACUUCAUCCUCAACAAAUGUCGGGAAGAGAACAGUUUGAUCCUUUAUCCCUGGGUACACCAGUGGUGUAACAACAAACGCACAGAGGACCAGACGAGGGCCGCACAUCUCCCCGACAUCAAUCCCGGAGAUCUACCGGAGGACUCAAACUUCUCAAUGGCAGCGGGAGACUUCUUGGAAGUAUACAGAGAAUCAGAAGAAUGGGACUGUGUGGCAACUGUUUUCUUCCUGGACACAGCACGCAAUGUGAUAGCCUAUGUGGAGGCCAUCUGGAAGAUUCUACAGCCAGGGGGCUACUGGGUAAACCUAGGUCCGUUACUCUACCACUACGCAGAAAUGGCAGAUGAGAACUCCAUAGAAUUAAGUUACGAACAAGUCAAGAAAGUUAUAAUAGAAGUGGGAUUUCAGUUUGAAAAAGAAGAAAUGGAUAUAAAAUCCUCAUACACACAGAGUGUGGACAGUAUGUUCCAAUAUCAGUAUAACAGUGUCUUCUUUGUGGUACGCAAACCUCUAUGACCCAGUCCUUGACGUAACGUCGCCCAAAAACCUUUAUUGUACGCUGUGUGUGAUAAUGUAAUUAAUAUAUAUUAAUAUAUUAAUAUAUCCGAAAAAAAGGAGCAUUUUAUUAUUCAGUGUCAUCUGAUCACACAGCAAGAUGGGAUUUUAAAAGGUUCUUAUCAAGAUAGAGGAACAUCACUUUUUCCAAAAGAAUACGUACUUUUAAGAGUAACACAUUUUUUAAGAACUUGAUUUUCUGUUUGCCUUGUUUUUGAUAUUUCCCACUGUUAAUAAUAUGUAGCAGGAAAGAGAGUAGUGUGCCUCCACCAGGGAUUUAACCGGCAAUUCCAGACUUCCUUGCAAUUGGGUCGGACUUUUUACGAUUGAGCGAAAGGGAAAUUCCCUCUAGCUCCUGAUCAAAGCUAGAAGGGUACCGUUCUCCUAUGUACAAUUAAAAUCUGUCAAACUACUCCCUCCUCUUCAAAUGCAUUUAGCCUUGAACACCACCACCCUAGUUCUAACAUUCCGUCACCACAGGAAGGGCCACGGACACCAUUUGUGAUUGGAAAGAGAGAAUUGUGCCUCCGAUGGGGAUCAAACCCGUGGUCCCAGAAUCUACCACCGAGCUAAAGGGAAACUCCAGCUAAUUUGAGUCAUCUGUAAUCCAUUGUACAUCAAUAUCUGCCACUAAUGUUACAUUCAACUUUCAAAAUUAUAGAUCUGAAAUGUUGUUUACUUUUGAAAUGCCAAUUCUCAGUAAGUCACAGUAAAUAUCCAAUUUUUAGUAAGGAAUAUCCAUAUGGUUAUUUUGGAAGCGGUCUGUUUUCAAAUUAGUCUUAUUUUCAAAGACAUUUAGACAGUGAGCUUUAAAUAGUAUGUUUUCAAUGCCGUCUUCUGUAGCAUGGAAACAUACUGUUAUACUUAAGCAAUGAAUGUUUUAGCAAAUGUUGUUAUGGUCCUAUAACACACAUUGCCAUUGAUGACACACUGAAUAAAGCCCUUUAUAUCAGAGUGUCAGCAAUAUAAAUGUGUGUUAUAGGACCAUAACAAUAUGUGCUAAAAUUAUUCAUUGCUAAAAUAUUCAUUAUGAUCGAGUAUAGUUAAUUAGUUAUUUCGUACAGUUCUUUGAAUAGCAAAUUAAGCCUCGACAACAAUGAAAUUGAUGACGUCACAAGAGAAAGUGUUGUUAUAGUCUCAUAACAACAUUUGCCAUCCCGAUGCAUUGCAAUGGAAGGAUGCAGAGCAAAUGUAAAUGUAGGUUUUUAAACGAAAUUUAAAUUAUGUUUUGUCAAAAUGUUGCAAUAAUAAACUAUGAAAUAUGACAUGAACCUUUAUAAUAUAUCCAACAUAUCUAGGCCGACAGGAAUAAUGUAGUGCCUUUCUGGAAUACAAGACAUAUUUUUAGACCAGCUUUAAUUUCUUUCAAAACAUUUGAUUAUCCAGAUUCUGUGGUAUCGCGUUUGAAAUCCUAGUCACAAAGUUGGAAUAUUUGUUUCUUAUAUUUCAUCCAUUCCGAUGUCUUUGGCAUAUACUGUGAAAUCACUAAUUUUCGUGGGUUUUGUUAAUAUGUUGAUUUUAUGGGUUAUCUUCAUCCACGAAUUCACAGGUUUACGAUCUAAUCGCAAGUUUGAUAAAAAGCAUUUCUCCAUUUGAGUUGGGACUCGUAAUCCACAAAUUCAUGUACCCACGAUUAAUUUUUUUUGGUGGGAAACCAGGAAAUUUGAGCCCCACAAAAAUAUCUGAUUUCUGAGUACUUGCAUUGACUGUAUAUGGUUCGUAGCCGGACUCUAUAUGAUGGACAUGCACAUUUUAAGCUCACCGGGUCCGAAGGACCAAGGUGAGCUUAUGUCAUAC